AUGACAGCUCCCAAAAUUUUCCUUUUAUUAUUUCUUUCGUUAUCAUUGGCAACUGCUGAGAACAAGACUUUGUACGAUACUUGUCUGAAUGAUGCUGUGGCCUCAAAAGCCCCUGCCAUCUACGAGCCUUGUGUUGCAAAGCGACCAAAAGAUACGAAACCUAUUGAACAGGAAGUUGAGGUAAGUCCGACUUAGAUUUUGGGCUAAUCAACCGGAAAUAAAAUUAAUUUGCGUAGGUAAAUGUGUUUUUUCAUACACAAACCUAGGAAGAUGACACAAAAAAAAUUAAAAUGUGAGUUUUGUGCCUCGAGCAAUUCUCCCUUGGUCAUCUUGUACCUAUGACAAACUUUUUGAAGUUUCUGUAACUUUCUGUUCCCAUUGUAUCCGAUAUGUUUUAGGACACGAUAAAACGUCUCCCCAAGAUGCCAUUUGAUGAGAGAGAAUCGGUAUUGAUGGGCCUACUCGCCACCGAAGCUCUAACUUUGUGCACGUUGGACAAGGCUUUCUGUGAUCGCUUGAAGAAACAGUUUGACCUAUUUCCUUAUCGAGGAUAA